AUGUCCACCGUUCCUAUUGAGUCUCUUCUCCACCAUUCUUCUCUUCGCCGCCGUAACUCUACAAUCUAUCGCGGAACUAGAGGAGGCUUUUUGCCCUGCUCGUUGAAUCUCAGCCGCCAUUUCACUUCGAAGAAGCUCCACUCGGUUGGAAGAAACAUCGGCUCCGGCGGCACGAGCUCAGGUCUUCGCAGAAGCUCCGUCGCGAUUCGAGCUAGCUCAUCGGAUACUGCCGUCGUCGAAACCUCUCAAUCUGACGAUGUCGUCUUCAAGGAAAAUUUCCCCGUUCAGCGAAUCGAAAAGGCAGAGGGAAAGAUUUAUGUUCGAUUAAAGCAAGUGGAGGAGAAGAAUUGGGAGCUGAGUGUUGGAUGUAGUCUUCCUGGGAAAUGGAUUUUUCAUUGGGGAGUCUCAUAUGUUGGUGAUACUGGCAGUGAAUGGGAUCAACCUCCUGAAGAUAUGAGACCACCUGGCUCAAUUGCAAUCAAGGACUAUGCCAUUGAUACACCUUUGGAGAAGUUAUCUGAAGGAGAUUCAUCUUAUGAAGUUACUAUCAAUCUUGAUCUGGAAAGCUCAGUGGCAGCUCUUAACUUUGUUUUGAAGGACGAAGAAACUGGAGCUUGGUAUCAGCACAAAGGGAGAGAUUUUAAGGUUCCUCUUGUGGACGAUGUUCUUGAUAAUGGCAAUUUGAUCGGAGCAAAGAAAGGAUUUGGUGCCCUUGGGAAGCUCUCAAAUAUUGUUCUCGAAUCAGAUGAGUCCGGUGAAGAAGUUGAAGAAAAGAGCACAUCUGAUGUUACAAAAGAAAGAAAAGGUCUUGAAGAGUUUUACGAGGAGAUGCCGAUUAGUAAACAUGUUGCUGAUGAUAACUCAGUCACUGUCACCGCAAGGAAAUGCCCUGAAACAUCUAAGAAUAUUGUGACGAUUGAAACUGACUUACCGGGUGAUGUUACUGUCCACUGGGGAGUCUGCAAAAACGGCAGUAAAAAAUGGGAAAUUCCAGAGAAGCCUUACCCUGAGGAAACAUCUUUGUUUAGGAACAAGGCAUUACGCACUCGUUUACAGCGAAAAGACGACGGAAAUGGAUCUUUUGGAUUGUUCUCUCUGGAUGGAAAGCUUGAAGGACUGUCUUUUGUUCUGAAGUCAAACGACACUUGGCUAAAAAAUAAGGGCGAAGACUUCUAUGUCCCUUUCCUUUCUUCAAGUACCUCGCCCGUUAAAACUGAAGCUCCUCAAGUGAGUGGGAAGAAACCAAAAACAAAUCAAGAAGUGUCCGCUAGUGGAUUCACAGACGAAAUCAUCACUGAGAUAAGGAACUUGGCGAUUGACAUUUCCUCUCACAAGCAUCAGAAGACAAACGUGAAAGAAGUGCAAGAAAACAUUCUUCAGGAGAUUGAGAAACUCGCUGCGGAGGCGUAUAGCAUAUUUAGAAGCACAACUCCAGCUUUUUCCGAGGAGAGCGUUUUAGAAGCAGAGGCUGAGAAGCCUGAGGAAAUCAAAAUCUCCUCAGGAACUGGCUCUGGAUUUGAGAUAGUGUGCCAGGGAUUUAACUGGGAAUCCCACAAAUCUGGCAGAUGGUACAAGGAGCUUCAAGAAAAAGCCAAGGAGUUAGCUUCACUUGGCUUCACUGUUCUGUGGCUACCACCUCCUACAGAAUCUGUGUCACCUGAAGGGUACAUGCCUAAAGACCUGUAUAACUUGAAUUCCAGAUAUGGAACUAUUGAUGAGCUAAAAGAAACCGUGAGGAAAUUUCACAAGGUUGGGAUCAAAGUUUUGGGAGAUGCUGUUCUGAAUCACCGCUGCGCACACUUCAAGAACCAAAACGGUGUUUGGAAUCUAUUCGGAGGGCGUCUCAACUGGGACGAUAGAGCAGUAGUUGCUGAUGACCCUCAUUUUCAGGGUAGAGGAAACAAGAGCAGUGGAGAUAACUUCCAUGCGGCUCCAAACAUAGACCACUCACAGGACUUUGUUAGGAAGGAUAUCAAAGAAUGGCUAUGCUGGAUGAGAGAAGAAGUUGGUUAUGAUGGAUGGAGGCUUGACUUCGUGAGAGGGUUUUGGGGAGGUUACGUGAAAGACUACAUGGACGCAAGCAAACCCUACUUUGCGGUCGGUGAGUAUUGGGACUCGUUAAGUUACACGUACGGAGAAAUGGACUACAAUCAAGACGCGCAUCGUCAAAGGAUUGUUGACUGGAUUAAUGCAACCAGUGGAGCUGCUGGUGCAUUCGAUGUCACAACCAAAGGAAUUCUCCACACGGCACUUCAAAAAUGUGAGUAUUGGAGACUCUCAGACCCGAAAGGGAAGCCUCCAGGUGUUGUUGGAUGGUGGCCUUCUCGUGCUGUUACAUUUAUAGAGAAUCAUGACACUGGCUCUACUCAGGGUCAUUGGAGAUUUCCGGAGGGGAAGGAGAUGCAAGGAUAUGCUUACAUCUUGACUCAUCCAGGAACGCCGGCGGUUUUCUUCGACCACAUCUUCUCCGAUUACCGCUCCGAGAUUGCUUCUCUUCUCUCUCUCAGGAACAGACAGAAACUCCACUGUCGUAGUGAGGUGAAUAUAGACAAGAGUGAGAGAGAUGUGUAUGCGGCUAUAAUCGACGACAAGGUUGCGAUGAAGAUCGGACCAGGGCAUUACGAACCACCAAACGGAGAUAAAAACUGGUCUGUAGCCGUUGAAGGAAGAGACUACAAAGUGUGGGAAACGUCUUAA